GCCCGCUCCUCUCCCGGCUCGCCAACUCCGGGCCCCAGCCGCGGGCGGGCGCGCUGCGGGCGGACAGCAUGCUGAGCCUCCUCGUCUGGAUCCUCACUCUCUCCGACACUUUCUCCCAAGGGACCCAGACCCGCUUCAGCCAGGAGCCAGCCGACCAGACCGUGGUGGCCGGGCAGCGUGCCGUGCUGCCGUGUGUGCUGCUCAACUACUCCGGCAUCGUGCAAUGGACCAAGGACGGACUGGCCCUGGGCAUGGGCCAGGGCCUCAAAGCCUGGCCGCGGUACCGGGUCGUGGGCUCUGCCGACUCGGGGCAGUACAACCUGGAGAUCGCAGACGCCGAGCUGUCUGACGACGCUGCCUACGAGUGCCAGGCCACGGAGGCCGCCCUGCGCUCCCGGAGGGCCAAGCUCACCGUGCUCAUCCCGCCGGAGGACACCAGGAUUGACGGAGGCCCUGUGAUCCUGCUGCAGGCAGGCACUCCCCACAACCUCACGUGCCGUGCCUUCAACGCCAAGCCUGCCGCCACCAUCAUCUGGUUCCGGGACGGGACGCAGCAGGAAGGCGCUGUGGCCAGCACGGAGCUGCUCAAGGAUGGGAAGCGGGAGACAACCGUCAGCCAGCUGCUCAUUAACCCCACGGACCUGGACAUCGGGCGCGUCUUCACGUGCCGCAGCGUGAACGAGGCCAUCCCAAGCGGCAAGGAGACGUCCAUUGAGCUCGACGUGCACCAUCCUCCUACCGUGACCCUGUCCAUCGAGCCACAGACAGUGCAGGAGGGCGAGCGCGUCGUCUUCACGUGCCAGGCUACUGCCAACCCCGAGAUCCUGGGCUACAGGUGGGCCAAGGGGGGCUUCCUAAUUGAGGACGCCCAUGAGAGUCGCUAUGAGACCAAUGUGGAUUACUCCUUCUUUACGGAGCCUGUGUCCUGCGAGGUCCACAACAAAGUGGGGAGCACCAACGUCAGCACUUUAGUGAACGUCCACUUUGCCCCCCGCAUCGUAGUGGACCCCAAGCCUACGACCACAGACAUUGGAUCUGAUGUGACCCUCACCUGUGUCUGGGUUGGGAAUCCCCCUCUCACCCUCACCUGGACCAAGAAGGACUCCAACAUGGUCCUGAGUAACAGUAACCAGCUGCUGCUGAAGUCUGUGACCCAGGCUGAUGCGGGCACCUACACCUGCCGGGCCAUCGUGCCUCGCAUCGGGGUGGCUGAGCGGGAGGUGCCGCUGUAUGUGAACGGUCCCCCCAUCAUCUCCAGCGAGGCCGUGCAGUACGCUGUUAGGGGUGAUGGUGGCAAAGUGGAGUGUUUCAUCGGGAGCACCCCACCCCCAGACCGCAUCGCUUGGGCGUGGAAGGAGAACUUCCUGGAGGUGGGGACCCUGGAGCGCUAUACGGUGGAAAGAACCAACUCGGGCAGCGGCGUGCUGUCCACACUCACCAUCAACAACGUCAUGGAGGCCGACUUCCAGACACAUUACAACUGCACUGCCUGGAACAGCUUCGGGCCGGGCACGGCCAUCAUCCAGCUGGAAGAGCGAGAGGUGCUCCCUGUGGGCAUCAUCGCCGGGGCCACCAUCGGCGCGGGCAUCCUGCUCAUCUUCUUCUUCAUCGCCUUGGCGUUCUUCCUCUACCGACGCCGCAAAGGCAGUCGCAAGGACGUGACCCUGAGGAAGCUGGACAUCAAGGUGGAGACAGUGAACCGAGAGCCCCUCACGAUGCAUUCUGACCGCGAGGACGACACUGCCAGCGUCUCCACGGCCACCCGGGUCAUGAAGGCCAUCUACUCGUCCUUUAAGGAUGAUGUGGAUCUGAAGCAGGACCUGCGCUGUGACACCAUCGACACCCGGGAGGAGUACGAGAUGAAGGACCCCACCAAUGGCUACUACAACGUGCGUGCCCAUGAAGACCGGCCAUCCUCCAGGGCCGUGCUCUAUGCUGACUACCGUGCCCCCGGCCCUGCCCGCUUUGACGGCCGUCCCUCAUCCCGGCUCUCCCACUCCAGUGGCUAUGCCCAACUCAACACCUAUAGCCGGGCACCCGCCUCUGACUACGGCCCUGAGCCCACCCCCGCUGGCCCUGCCGCCCCAGCUGGCACCGACACAACCAGCCAGCUGUCCUAUGAGAACUAUGAGAAGUUCAACUCCCACCCUUUCCCUGGGGCAGCCGGGUACCCUACCUACCGGCUGGGCUACCCUCAGGCUCCCCCCUCUGGCUUGGAGCGGACCCCGUAUGAGGCGUACGAUCCCAUUGGCAAGUACGCCACGGCCACUCGGUUCUCCUACACCUCCCAGCAUUCGGACUACGGCCAGCGAUUCCAGCAGCGCAUGCAGACUCACGUGUAGGGACCCUGAGCCCGGCUGGGGCAUCUCUGCGGGGCAGAGGAGGCCUUCACAGCUGUUCCCUGAUAUUCAGGGGCGUUGCUCGUCGCUCCCUGCUCGGACCAGCCUUCCUCCUCCCGCGUGGCAGGUGGGGAGCAGGUCUCCCGGCAACACCACAUCCUGAGGAUGGUGCUCCGUGCUCGCCCUGGCCUCCCAGGCCUGCUCUUCCCUCUUCUUGAGGAAGUGUCUCUUCUGACCUGUGCUCUGUCCAGGCUCCCGCUCGGCAACAGGGAAGGAGAAGGCUGGGGAGAGCUGAGGGGGCACUUUUUAGCAUUCCUUUUCCGUCCUGCCCCUCUGGUCACCUGUGGGUGGAAAAAGGGGUACACAGCGGGGGAAGACAGAGUUUGGCAAAGAGGACGUGAAGGAUGGGAGUGCUAGGGCACAGGCAGGUGGGAACUAGGAUGCCCCUGCCAGUCCCUCUGUUGUUUGCAUUCAAGCCCAGAGUGCAUCUCUUCCCACCUUAGGGGACUGCAAAAGGGAACCUCGGAUUCACUUAGCUCCUGUUGCUAAAACAGCCCUGAGUUCAAGUCUAGCCUUCGUGUAGCUGAGGCCAAAAUGCCAGGUGCCCUGGCCUCCUGUGGGGAACACCUCCGUCAGCGAGCAGAGGGCUCCAGGAGUCCCUGGCAACCCUGCUCCCUUUCCUGUUCUACCCUGGGGCUAGCAGGAUGAGUCUGUCUUCACGGAAAGAAAGGGCAGGACCAGCUCCUGAGCUGUGACCAGCCAGCGGGGGGGACUGCUGUGGCUUGCAGAGCUGUCUCCAGCAGCGACACUAGGGGAGCCCCCUCCCACCCCUUUUCUCUCCUCAGGCAACCCCACUUCCUGGCUUUUAACUCUUGAGCCUGCCUGGGAUCUGGUGGGGUGGGGUGCUACAUUAUAGGAUGUUUUUCAAAGAUAACCUCAUUUGGAAAAAUGAACAAUGAAAACCUCAUUUGGAAAACGGACAAAAAAAACUGUAGGGAUCUCCCCCCUCCCAAAUACAAAGUCCCAGUGGCACGGAAAGGGGGCACCUGUACUCCGCCAGGUUCCUAACUUCCUCCAUUACUCUUUGCGUCUCAAGCACUUUGACCCAUUUUUUACACAUUCAGGUGGUGAGGCCUGUCGCAGAGGCGAGCGCUGUUUGGGUGAAGGACCCCUGCUCUCUGCCUCUGCCAACCUCCCCAGGACCCUACUAGCUGGUCAGGAUACGGGAGGUGUUGAGGCAGGCUUCAGUUUGAGUGUCUGUGUUUUAUGUUGUUGUUUUUGGACCAAUCAGAUUCCUUCUUCCACUGUCAGUGCCUUGAGUGUCCAGCUAUGGAUGACCAGCCCUGCAGGGGGCAGGUGUGUGGGGAGUGGGUAUUUGUGAACCAGAGAUGUGCUGUCAAAGUGUUCAUAGUAAUAGGG